AUGAGCUCAGAAGCACUGAGAGCAAACGACCUGGCAGAGAUCAAGGGUGCCUUGAGUGGGUUAACAACAUUGCCACUGAAGUCUGAAAACUUCGACCCGAACAAAAGGGAAUUCUACGAUGCGCUCAGCCUUAGGUACCGCUGGACACCGAAGCACCUCCCAUCUACAUGUCCUUGCGGCAAGAGAUUCGACGUUGAUCUUGCAGUGUCAUGUAUGAAAGGCCUGGAUUGAAACAAUACAACGAUCUGAAUUCGUGUAAUCACUCAUGUGAAAUGCGAGAAAAGGCUGCUCCUCACAACAUGUAGUGCUUAGAGAUCCUGCCCAAACGAAUCCGGAUAAGAUAUCCUGAGAUUUUUUCUUCGUUUUCGAAACAAAAACAAGCAAAAAAACACCUCCCAUCUACAUGUCCUUACGGCAAGAGAUUCGUCGUUGAUCUUGCAGUGUCAUGUAUGAAGGGCGGAUUUGUCCAUAGGAGGCAUGACGAAGUGCACGACCUGUUCACAACCCUUCUCAAGGACGUAUGCCAUGAUGUUGAGGUCGAGCCACACCUUCAGACCUUGACAGCCGAGAAGUUUAACCAGCAAGUGCCAACUCCUCUGAUGAAGCUCGUUUGGAUAUCAGUGCACACGAUUUUUGGAAAAGGAGGCAACGUGCAUUUUUCGAUGUCAGGUUUUUUAACCCUUCCGAAAAGAGUCACCUAA